GCCAAACGCUGUCAUACCGUCUAGACAUGUUGUCGUGGGUCUAAGUCCAGCUGUCACCAUGGGGAUGGAGACCGGUCCGCUGUGAAUUUUUGGGAGAGAGAGAGAGAAGAGGGUGAAUUGACCAGGGGCACAAAAAAAAGAAGGAAAAAAAAGAACAAUUUGGGUGCCCUUUGGGUGGGAAGGCUUGGCUGGGGAGGGGGGGCGGCUCCCGCGUCCCUCCCACCCAUCCACGCCCCCAAGGCUUUUCCCUGCCAACCCCCCUCUCUCUUUUUUCCUCCUAUUUUUUUUUCUCUCCCCCCCCCCACUUGCCCUUCACCAUGCUUGUGGAGUAGCAGGGAGGGAGUGCAAGAGGGGGAGCCUUACAUGCGCCUGUCAUCUAACCCCUUGGCAAUCUAUUUAAAGCAAGAACCCUCUCGUUGGAUUUUGUCUCGGCCCUAUUUAUGAAUCGCUUGGACUUGGCAAAUAGGACUGUGGAGUAUUAGCUCGGAGCUUUUGAAGAAUCGGCAAAGGACGGAGGUGCCUGCCUGUUCUCUUCUGGCGCGAGGGGAGGGGGGGGGAGGCGGCUGGUCUGUCUGCAAGUGCUGGUGGACUGGCUUAAGCUGGGCUGAGGAGAGCAUGAAGGUCUCUGAAGCCCUCCUGAUCUACUCUUCCUUGGCGGUGCUGCUUCGCCCCAGCUCCUGCCAGCCCUACCUCCGGCUCCGGCCCUCCCCUAGUGACAACCUGCCUGUCAAGGACAUCAUUGAGCAUCCGGACCCAGAGUAUGACCCCAAGGAGCAGGACCUGGACGACCGGACUUUGAGGAAGAAGCUGGGGAGCCACUUUGACCCCCACUUCAUGUCUGUGGUGGCCCCCGCCCAGAUGAACCUCUCUAGCUCUGACCCGUUGCACCGAUUCAAAGGGUUGGGGCCCUUGCCCAACGAGCUGAAAAAACUGGACCUUGGCGAGACGCCCUACGGGACCAGGCUCAAGAUGGGCAAGAAGGCCCGCCGGAAGUUCCUGCAGUGGCUUUGGGCGUAUACCUAUUGCCCGGUAUUGUACACCUGGAAGGACCUGGGAGUCCGGUUCUGGCCUCGUUACAUCAAGGAAGGGAACUGUUUUGCCGAGAGGUCUUGUUCCUUCCCGGAAGGCAUGUACUGUAAGCCGGUCAAAUCGGUCACCAAGACCUUCUUGAGGUGGUACUGCCAAGGAUGGUCAAGGCAGAAGUAUUGCACCUGGAUCCCAGUCCAGUACCCUGUGAUUUCAGAGUGUAAAUGCUCUUGUUAGCCGGACUUUUGGGGCGUUCAGGGGCCCAAGAGACCUCGCGCGUUCCUGUUCGGUGGAUAUGUGGAUCGGCCGCCGCAACCCUCUGCUGGAAACGACACCAGUGACUUUGGAAUGGGUGCCACGGGCCUUGCGUUUGCAGUCCCGAACAGGUUCCAUCAAAAAAAGAGGGACUUAGGCAUGCUGUGGAGGCAUGAGAAUGUCCAGCUCUCUUGCGGACAGAUGUGACAGAUGACCUUGAAACCCUGAAUAGGGCCUGGAUGUUCAAUUCCGGAACUUGGCAGUCUCUCGGAGAGCCCUCGGAGAUGACCGAGACACACAGAAACAUGGACACAACAUUCACAAGAGACCUUGCCUAUUCUUUUCUCUGUCCUCAUUUUUCCUCUAGCGGCCCCUUGCACUGUAUUUUUUUUCUAAUUAUUUUAUAUUAUUUGAAAUAGAGAGGAAAAGCAUAUCCUGAAAGGAACUGCAGUGCAGGCCAGAGAAAAGCUAAGCACUACAAUAAGAUGUUUAUUUUUAUACCUAUUAUAACAUUCUAACAAAAGGAAAAUUACCAUCCUUUGUAAAUAUAGAGAAUUUAAAAAGGGGGGGGGGAAAUUCAGCAGUGUGUUUUCGUUGGUUAUUUUUAUUGUUGUUAUUAAUAAUAAAAUUAUGACGAUACAGGACCAUAUGUUGAACCCAACCCUUUCAAAACUGAACACUUUCCUUCAGCAGAUGGGAAGGGGGACAUUUUUUUUCCUAUUAAGAUGGUUUAUGAUACCUCCCAACAUCCCUUUAAGAUGUUUAAUUUCUGUUUCCUGUAUUCUUGUUUUUUUCUCUCUUCCAAACAUGUCACUGAUCUUCAGACUAAUAUUCAGAGUCGUCUAGGUUUUUUGUUAAUGUAUAUUGAUUAAGGAGAUUUUUUUAAAAAAAAAAGUAUGAUGUUAUAAAAGAGUGACUUUUUUUUGUUGGGUUUCUUUGGAAUACAUAUAGUAAUGUAGAGAUGUUAAAAGAAAUUUCUGGUGUACAGUUUAUUUAUUUUCAAUGUUUGUGUAUAGGAAGGGGGGAAAGCUAGAGAUUAUGCCAGAAAAUAUUGAAAAUGUUUACUUGAAUAUUCCUUUUACAACGUAUCAGUGUACAUAUCAACCAUGACUGAUCAAAACAUUUUUAGCAAUAAACUCUAUCUUUGA